AUGGAUGCUGACAGCGUGACCGAUACACAUCAGGAGCCGGACGGCGACGGCACGGAUGAAGCCGACCGCCAGGCGAUGAUCAUGAUCCGGCCCAGCCGGCACACGCUGCCCGAGGACAUCUUCGCCAUUUCGAUCGGCGUGGCGCUGGUCUCGUUCGGCGUCUUUCUGUUCCAGCAGGCCGAACUGGUCGUUUCCGGCGUUGCCGGCAUCGCGCUGACCAUCUCCUAUGCGACCGGGCUCGAUUUCUCCGCCCUGUUCUUUGCGCUCAACCUGCCGUUUUACGCGCUGGCCGUACGCGGCAUGGGCUGGCGGUUCGUGAUCAAGACGUUCUGCGCCAUCGCGCUGAUGAGCGUUCUGGUACGCUACUACCCGGUUCUGAUCACCAUCGAGACGCUGGAGCCGGGGUUUGCCGCGCUGAUCGGCGGGAUCAUGAUCGGGCUGGGGCUUCUGGCGCUGUUCCGCCACGGCGCGGGGCUCGGCGGCAUCAACAUCCUGGUCUACUGGCUGCAAUCGGCGCGCGGCAUGCGCGCCGGCUAUGUCCAGCUCGGCAUUGACGCGCUGAUCCUGGCCGGCGCCGCGCUCGUCAUCGGAUGGCAGGGCAUCGUGUGGUCGGUGGCCGGCGCGGUAAUGUUCAACCUGAUCCUGGGUGUCAACCACAAGCCGGGCCGCUAUGUCGGCGUGAACUGA